CUCACUAGAUCGUCACCAUGCGACUCGAAUACCGCCUAUUCUUUCAUUUCACGUUUGUGUAGUGCGUCGAUACGCAACAAACCAGUUCAAUGAUCCCACUUGGUGAAAAUAUGGCUAUGGAUAGGCAUCAAUUUGAAGGAAUACACAGGUUAAGAAAUAAUCUACUGUCAAAAUGGGAUACGCUGUUCGGCUCGGAUUUGGUGGAGUGGAUGGCAUUCAAACCUGUCCUAGGACUGUCCGUGUACCCCUGUUACUCAUGCAGACAUAUGUUCUACUCCAGAAAGUCGUUUUUGGACCAUAUCAACAGGAGGGCUACUGUAUUGUCAUAUAAAUGUCCAGGGUGUGCUAAUACCCUUCACACUUUUUAUAAUAGAUGUGCGCUCCUAUUACACUGCCGAAGGCACUAUAGUUUGUCUCAGGGAGCGAUAAAUUUGAACAAUUUGGAGGUUAUGUCUCUAGAUAUGGCAAUGGUAGGGUUUUCCAAGCAUCCUGACAUACCCUAUUUCUUUGACGUGGAAGAAGACUACAUUACAGAUAAUUCGUAUGUGAACUGCCAGUUUUACAGUCCAAGGUCUGAAGACAAAGGAAACGCAAUUGUUAUUUUGAUUCCGAGUAAUUUAGUUAUAAACAGGCUGGAGGGUGGUCAGAAUUCGCCGAUUACCCUCAAGCAGAUAACUCGAAAUAUUCCGAAAUGUGAGUUUAUUACGCUGAGCGCCUUUAGGGAGUUACGAGUACCGAAUGAGAAUAAUAGUGCAGUGGUAGAGCAGACUGUAGAGCAGCCUGUAGGCGAUGUAGAAGUUAAGACUGAACAUGAGGAGCAGCAACAAGAAGAGCAGCUUGUAAAUGGUACAAUCGAGCCUCAACAAACAUCCGAGGACCCUCUAGCCUCUCCAGACACUCUCUUGAAUGGCGUAGUCGAGAAUAACAACGAUUUCGAGAAUUUAACGCUGCCCAUCAUCACGAAAAUCGAGACCGUCGAGGAAUUUGUCAACCCUGAAAAGGUCUACGUGGUCGAGAGUCCUCCCGAGAUGCCCAAAUUCAAAUGUACCGAGUGUUUGAAAGAAAUAUCCGGGGAUAUAAAACUGCAUUUUUUGGGGGAUAACAGGCCGGUAGAUUCCACUUUGCAAUGCAGUACCGCGAAGAAUGUGUGCUCGCUGAUUUGUCCUACAAUGUGCUCUCUGAAGGCACAUAAGAGGGUACACAAGCAACUUCCACCAUUUGUAUGCCCCGAUUGUGGCAUAGAGUUUUUGACUUUUGAGGAAUUGUCUGACCAUAUGCAAGAAAUUUGUUUUCAUCUGUACAAAUCAGUAAGACUAAAGUGUCCUGGAAGGCGUUGCGGUAAAAUCUUCGCCACCGAGCACACGUUCGAGCCUCAUUUUCGUGCCUCGCACAUUGUAACCUCAUACCAGUGUUACACCUGUAAAGAUAUGUUCCCCGAAGUGGACGACUGUCAAAAACACUGUCUCACUCACGAGGACAAAACGAAGAUCGUCAAAUAUUACAAUUGUCCGUCUUGUCUCACUGACGAAAUGACGUUGACAGAGAAGGAGGAACACAUUGAGUUUCAUAGAAUGGACCCCACAAGACGUCUGUAUAUAUACAUGUGCAAAGCAUGCAGAGGAUACUUUAGAUCUAUAGCCACCAUGUCAACCCACAUCCAAAACUGCAAAUUUUUAAAGUACGGAAGCAGUAAGAAAAGCACUUCGAAAAGCAAAGAACCAGCCAAUCCGAACCGUCCUUUCAUGACCUCCAAGUACAUCUCUGGCGAAUGCACCUACUGCAGAUGUCGCAUGAUCGUCCUCAAGGGCCAAAACAACCCGGCUUGCGGCAAGUGCUGUCCCAGAAGCAAGAAACCCGAGUACAGAUGCACCUGCAUCCUGUGCAAGAAGCAAAUCAACAUGGAGGAACGACGCAGACAUCAGAAGGAGUGCAAAUACGCCAAGCCGCAAGUUGUGGUCGAAAAACUUCAGCUACCCGUUGAAAUAUUGCAGAAAAAUCAGAAUCAUAGUAGUCACGGGUUCAAUUCGAGUACCAGCGAUCUGGAUGGGUCUACUGAUGGUUCCUACAAGACCAGAAGGGACUCGAGUGACGAUGGAAAGUCUAGGAAACGUCAAAAAGUGACCAGACCCAGGAAGCCUGAAGUAGAAAACGAUCUGACAGCUGACGAACCCAUUAUUUUUGACGGGACGUAUACCUGCAUUUCGCGUGCUCACACCAAGAAACUGACAGAACGAAGUUCCAAGAACAUGUCAAGAGCCACAGAACAAUAUCCACAGCGUACCAAUGCAUGGAAUGCGGUGAAUGUUUCUGUUGUGAAGCCUUCACUAGUGAAACAUCUGACGCACUAUCACGACGUGCGCGAUUGUGAUGAGUACUUCACGAAAACGACUGUUUUGACAAGGGAGCUUUUUUUUACAAAAUCCAAACAACCUACUUGCAGCAAAUGCUCUUCCAGAAACAAGAAACCCCAAUACAGAUGCACUUGUAUCCUGUGCAAGAAGCAAAUUAACAUGGAGGAACGACGCAGACAUCAGAAGGAGUGCAAAUAUGCCAAGCCGCAAGUUGUGGUCGAAAAACUUCAGCUACCCGUUGAAAUAUUGCAGAAAAAUCAGAAUCAUAGUAGUCACGGGUUCAAUUCGAGUACCAGCGAUCUGGAUGGGUCUACUGAUGGUUCUUACAAGACCAGAAGGGACUCGAGUGACGAUGGAAAGUCUAGGAAACGUCAAAAAGUGACCAGACCCAGGAAGCCUGAAGUAGAAAACGAUCUGACAGCUGACGAACCCAUUAUUUUUGACGGGACGUAUACCUGCAUUGCGUGCUCACACCAAGAAACUGACAGAACGAAGUUCCAAGAACAUGUCAAGAGCCACAGAACAAUAUCCACAGCGUACCAAUGCAUGGAAUGCGGUGAAUGUUUCGUAGUGAAGCCUUCGCUAGUGAAACAUCUGACGCACUAUCACGACGUGCGCGAUUGUGAUGAGUACUUCACAAAAAACGACUGUUUUGACAAGGGAGCUGUGAUGGAGCUGGCCAAAGUGGUGAAGGCGCCGUAUUUGGCCAACGCGGUCAAGGAGAACCAGUGCAGGGUGUGCUUGGAACAGUUCCAGAGCAAGGAAAUGCAUGACAAGCACUUCAGGAUACAUGGGAUGGCGUUUUUGAUGACUAAAAGCCUGGGUGAGAGUGUUUGA